AUGUCAGUUUUCAUAUCACACCCUAUAUCAACCCGAGACCCCCAUAUCAGACCGAGACCCCCAUAUCAGACCGAGACCCCAUAUCAGACCAAGACCCCCAUAUCAGACCGAGACCCCAUAUCAGACCGAGACCCCCAUAUCAGACCAAGAACCCCAUAUCAGACCGAGACCCCAUAUCAGAUCGAGACCCCCAUAUCAGACCAAGACCCCCAUAUCAGACCGAGACCCCAUAUCAGACUGAGACCCCAUAUCAGACCGAGACCCCCAUAUCAGACCACGAACCCCAUAUCAGACCGAGACCCCAUAUCAGACCGAGACCCCAUAUCACACCAAGACCCCCAUAUCAGACCGAGACCCCAUAUCAGACCGAGACCCCCAUAUCAGACCAAGACCCCAUAUCAGACCAAGACCCCCAUAUCAGACCAAGACCCCCAUAUCAGACCGAGACCCCAUAUCAGACCGAGACCCCCAUAUCAGACCGAGACCCCAUAUCAGACCGAGACCCCCAUAUCAGACCGAGACCCCCAUAUCAGACCGAGACCCCACUAUCAGCCCGAGACCCCCAUAUCAGACCGAGACCCCACUAUCAGACCGAGACACCCAUAUCAACCCGAAGACCGAAGGCCAGGUUGA